GUCAUCUCCGUCAAUGUCUUGAGCUGCAGUAUUGAAUUUUAUUUGAUUUAUUUGUGCCGACCCAUCUUCUAUUGAAUCUUUAUUUUCAAAUUUUGGAUUAGGACUGUCUGUGUUUUUUGACUGAAUGAGUAUAUCAAAGUGGUUAGCAUGCGCUCUGCUUUUAGUAUGCGUGAGCGUACGACAAUCGAUUGCAGCACCCGCGCUACAAGAAGAACAGUAUCCCCCUAUGCCGUACGAAUACAAAUACGACGUUGAAGAUCCUGAGAAGACAUUGUACUUCGGCGCGAACGAAGUCGGUGACGCUGAAGGCAAAGUCGUUGGGGGGUAUCGAGUGCUUCUUCCUGACGGUAGACUCAUGACGGUCGAGUACACAGUACAAGGCGACAGUGGCUUUGUACCCAAAAUCAGUUUCGAUAGUAACGCUAACCCCUUCGGUCAAGGAAAGUAAAGUUUCAGCAAGAUGUUUUUCGGCUUGUUUGUGUGUUUUGUUUCCGAAUUACGAAAAUAGCAGAAAAUAACUAUUUUCAAACGUUUUUUUUUCCGAGUCAUUUACUUAACUAACAAUUUUGCAACUUAACUUCGUUUCAGGCAUAAUGUCAGUGAUAGUGUUUUUCUCGUUUAUUAAAAUUAUUAGUCUAGAGCGUUUUAAUUUUGUGGUCUCUGUUUAUUAAACAAGUAAAACGGCCAAUCUAAAACCACACCAAAUUAAUCGCGAGAUUCAAUCAUUUUUUACUCUUCGAGUUAUUUCACUUUCAUUUAUUAUUAUUUUUCAUUUCAUUGCCCAUUACGAAUUGAUAAAUGAUCUAUUAAUAAGGGUUUUAUAAAAAAAAUAGCUGCGUAAGUCUAGUCCAUCAUUUCAAUCGAAAAUAAUGUAAUGCAUAUUGUUUUGUGUAAAAGGCCAACGAUCUCAGUUCAGGGUUUUAAAACAAUUGGUUUUACGAAAUAUGUUACCAAAUUUGCGAUUAAUUUAGAUCUUUUUAAUUACUUCUCAUAAGGCUUGCGAAUAUUCUCAGGUCUAAAGGUCAUUUGGAAUUAAUUAAGUAAUGCAAACACAUUAUAUACAAUUUUACUAUUACUAUUAGCAUUAGUUACUCAUCCCUGUAUACUAACAGCGUUAUUUUGAUAAACGAUUUUUAUAUUA